AUGGCUGCCCCGCACCCCAAAACAGACGAGGUCAUCUGCAUUCCUAAGACCUUUUCGUCUCCAACCCUCGAGCAGGAAGUUGUGGAGAGAUACAAGAAUCUCCGACUAUAUGGUCUCAAAGUCGAUCCUCGGUCAUUUUCCUCGACGUAUGAGGCGGAAUCCCAAUUCUCCGACGACACAUGGCGAUCGCGAAUUCAGAAUCCUGUUGGCAAGACCUUUGCAUCUAUGAUGGACUCGAACACUCAGCUGCCAGUUUCCAAAAUUGAAGGCCUUGUUCAAUCCCAUGGCAUGAAUGAUGCGCUCUAUGGCUUGCUACAAAAAGAAUGGGCAGGCAUCGUGACGCUGGUAGGACCAGGGGUACUUAGGUCGAAUGAGGACGCCACAACAGCACCGAGCAAGCCCCAUCAAGUCUUCAUCAGAGACAGACAGUACCAGAUACCACAGACAGUACCUGAGCUGGAUGAUUUGAGCGGUGCACAUAUGGUCUACAUGCUCGUCGGCAUGUUCGUCUCGCCUUCAGCCCGGCGAAGGGGGCAUGGGCAGCGUCUGCUGGAGGCUGCGAUAGCGGCGGCUGCUGAAGAAACUAUCAUUCUUGGAGGGCGCAAGGCCAGCAUUGCAGUGCAAGCUGAGUCUGGCAAUCAUAAUGCCCAACGCCUAUACGAGAGGGUGGGUUUUAAGGUGACCGAUGAGGCGGUAGAGAUUGAGGAGCGCGAUGGAGCCAAGUCGCUUGUGGUGUCAUUGGAGAUGGAACUUGACCUCCCUGGGUUGAAGUCAGGGUCGUCAUAG